AUGUCUUCUGACCAAAACACCGGAGGUCGCGAGGACGGACGAUUCCCCGACUCCGCCUAUGGCUCUUCAGGCCAGGGUACUACCGGUGUACAACCUUCCGGUACCGGUCUGAACGAGGGUAGUCUGGGAGGCCGCCAGGACGGUCACUUUCCCCAGAGCAGCUACAGCGGUAACACAGGUUCUACGGGCGCCAGUGGUGGUACCAGUGGCAGCAGCACGGGUGGACGUGAGGACGGCCGAUUCCCUGACUCUGCCUACGGCAACGAGGGCGCUGGCACUACUGGUGUCAACCCGUCAGGAACAAACGUGGAAGAAGGCGGCCUAGGCGGCCGACAAGACGGCAGAUUCCCAGCAAGCAGCUACGGAACAAACAAGAGUGACAACAGCGCAACCAGCGGUCGAGAAGAUGGCCGCUUCCCUGACAGCGCCUACAAUGCAGCAGGAAUUGGUUCUACUGGUGUGCAGCCAUCAAGCACAACUGUGCACGAGGGAAGCCUAGGCGGACGCCAGGACGGAAGAUUUCCACAGAGCAGCUAUGGUACUAACACCAGUGACAAUAGUGCAACCGGCGGCAGAGAGGACGGUCGCUUCCCCGACUCCAGCUACGGAGGUGAGGGCCAAGGCAGCCGCGCUCCCGCACAGACUUCCAGCCUCAACGAGGGAGCUCAUGGUGGCCGGCAAGACGGAAGAUUUCCCGAGAGCAGCUACGGCGGCACAGGCGGCUAUGAGCAUGGACGAGAGGAUGGUAAGUUUCCGCAAAGCAGCUACGGCGGACAAGGUCAAGGAGCACAAGCUGGAACAUCAGGCACCGCCCUCAAUGAAGGUAGUCUUGGUGGCAGACAGGACGGAAAGUUCCCUCAAAGCAGCUACGACGACAACAAGACAGGAAGCUCUGGUGGUGGCAACAGUGGCAGUGGCAGUGGUGAUAGCAGUGGUGGAGGAUUACUCGAACAAGCUGCCAAUGUGGCAUCGAAGAUCUUCGGAAACCCGAAGUAG